AUGGGAAUCUGUUCAGCUAAACGACAAAAGAAUGUUCAAAUUAAAGAACAUGGGGAACAACAAACAAAAUAGACUCUUCAAAAUGAUUACUCUCUUGAUAUUCAAAGAUAGGUUAGGUCUGAAAGAAGCAUCAAAAGCAUAAAGCCAACUGCUUCCUCACCAAAGUAAGUAUUGUCUAAGUUUGCUGCAACUCCUUCUACUCGUUAAGUAAAGCAUAUGGUAUGGGCAGAUUAAAUAGUCGAAAAUGCAGGGUUUCGUGGAACCCUCAAAACUUGGGUAUCGAUUAAGAAUGCCCAAUUCUCAAAACAUUACACUAUGCUAAGCAAAGACCAAUUUUGUUAUCGAAUUAAAUAGUUAGAUCACAUUGUAGUAGUCUAACAUAAUCUCAGUGGUAGAAUAAUGGUGGCUGAGAUGAUUAAAAAAACAGACCAAGGAAUUUAGCUCAUUGAGUCAAUAGUCAAAACUUAAUUGUACCAUCCUAAUUUAACAAGAAUUUUCGAAAUCUUCUAGGAUAGUAAUAAUUAUCAAAUAAUUCAUGAUUUCUGCAAUGGACCUCUUUUGUCCCAACACCUACAUAAAUGUGUUUACACUCAAUAGUAAGCAGCAUUGAUUCUGAAACAGAUGAUUGAAAUUGUCAAGCAUCUUCAUUAAUACGAAGUCAAUCAUGGGGGAUUAACACUGGCUUCUUUUUAGAAAUGUAAUCAAUCAAACUCUAAUUUUAUUAAAUUAGUCGAUUUUAAACCUAUUUACUUAAAAUCAUAUAUUUCUGAAAAAGAUAUCUUUCUAUAUAUGUCCCCUGAGGCUAUCAAAUUUCCUGAAGAUUAUACUCCUGCAAGGGAUGUGUGGAGCAUAGGAGUAAUAUUCUACUAAAUGCUGACUGGGGAAUUCCCUUUUAAAGGCAAUAAUAAAGAGGAAGUAUUUGAGGAGAUUAUGAAUUAUUCGGUGCAAGAAGAUUUAAAUUCACAAUGUUUGCCACCUGAAUCUGUAGAUAUCAUCAAAAGAUUCUUCAAAUUUGAUCCUGCCAAAAGAAUUAAUUUGAAUUAAGUUUUAAAUGAUCAUUGGCUAAAACACAAUAUAGAGACUCAGUAUGAAGAAUAGAAGUUAAUAGUUAAGCAAUUAGAAAAUAAUCAUUAAUUGAGUUUUCUUUAGUGUUGCUUCUUGUAAUUUAUGAUAUCCACUUUUUCAGCCGAUUAAGAAUAGAUCCUUUAUCAACUUUUUGGGCAAUUCGAUGUUAAUCAUGAUGGCAAGAUCAGUAAGCAAGAUCUAACAAUCGCUUACAUCAAACAUUUCAGUAGUAUCCAAGAAGUUAAGGAACAUGUAGAUGCUGUAUUUAAAGGGAUUGAUAUCAAUAAAAAUGGGGAAAUUGAUUUCUAAGAGUUUUUGAUUGGAGUUAUAAAUAAAGAGACAUUAAUUACUGAAGACAAUCUUAAAGAGACAUUUAAAAUACUAUCAGAUGUGGAAGGCUUCAUUUCAUUAUCGAAAAUUUGUACAUUAUACCACAACAAAAAACAAUAGUUGAAAUAGCAAUUUUCUGUUUAUGAAAAUAAUUAAAUAAAUUUCAAUUAAUUUUAACAAUUGAUGUUUGAUGCCCUCUGA